GUCUCAGCUGUUAAGAUAGUUCAUAUUACAAUUUUAGUGGAAGCAAUGUGGCAAAAUUUGAUAGCGGUGAUAAUUUUCGUUGUGAUCUACUGUUUACGUGAUGCGCGGAAGCCUCAGUUUUAUCCGCCAGGUCCCAAUUGGCUCCCACUUGUGGGUUGUGGCGUUUAUGUGUUCAAUCUGAUGAAACGAUUCAACUUCUAUCACCUGAUGUGGCACGAUCUAGCCCGGCGUUUCGGUUCGGUGGUGGGUUUGAAGCUUGGCCGGGAUCGAGUUGUCAUCAUCUCAGGGCUGGAAGCCGUACGUGAGUUCUACUCCAAGGAUGAAUUCAACGGGCGGCCAAAUGGAUUCUUCUUCCGGGUUCGAUCAUUCAACAAGCGGCUUGGCGUAGUGUUCACCGAUGGGGAAGAGUGGGAGGUCCAAAGGCGAUUUUCGGUACGCACGCUAAAGUUGCUGGGAAUGGGUAAGACUGGAAUGGUGAGCAACUUGGAAAAGGAAAGUGACGACCUGAUACAGCAUUUCCGGAAAUUUUCACGAACGCAGAAGACGAUCAACAUGCACAAUGCAUUUGACAUCGCGGUGUUGAAUGUAAUCUGGACGCUAAUAGCGGGAAAAAGAUUCCAUCUUGGUGACAAGCGAUUAGAAUGGAUAACGGGAACCAUUCACAAAAGUUUUCGAGUUAUCGAUAUGUCUGGUGGCGUUCUAAACCAAUUGCCUUGCGUUCGAUAUAUAUGUCCCGUUAAAUCUGGAUUUGCCCCGUUGGUUAGACUAUUGAAGCCGUUAUGGGACUUUUUGGAAAACACAAUAAAGGUGAUUGCAUCGAGGUCGAAUGCCGCAGAAGAUUAUGAUUGUCUAAUCUCAUCAUACCUACGCGAACUCCAGAAGGAUGAACUGCACCCGUCGUUUUCUUACGAACAGCUUCUCUGCGUAUGUUUGGAUCUCUUCCAAGCCGGAUCGGAAACGACAAGCAAUACGCUUGGGUUUGGGGUUGCCUAUAUGCUACAUCAUCCAGAAGUGGUCAGCAAAAUGCACCAAGAGCUCGACAACGUGGUCGGCCGUUAUCGGUUGCCACUGUUGCGAGAUCGUCCCUAUCUUCCCUACACGGAAGCUGUGAUUUGUGAAAUCCAACGGAUGUCCAACGUAGCCCCACUGGCGAUUGCCCAUCGAACGGUAUCUCCUGUCCAGCUGGGAACCUAUUUGAUUCCGGAAAAUACCAUCACGAUGGUCUCGCUUUACUCACUUCACAUGGAUAAGGCAUAUUGGGGCGAUCCGGAGACAUUUAGGCCAGAACGAUUCCUGAACGAAACAGGCACCCAAGUAAUUCAACAUGAGUGCUUCCUACCGUUCGGGGCAGGAAAAAGACGCUGUCUAGGUGAAUCAUUGGCAAAAUCAAAUCUGUUCCUGUUUUUCGCUUCAUUUAUGCAUGCAUUCAUCGUAGAGCCAGCUGUGGAUGGACAAUUGCCUCAGUUGGAAGGAAUCGAUGGAAUAACUUUGUCACCUAAGCCAUAUCGUGUAUUUUUAAAAGAAAGAUUAAUUUACUGGACGCACAAACACUGAGAGAGGGCGAAAUUAUUCCUCUCGCGAGCGAUAAACUUCUACGCUUCGUAUAUUAUUGACCUAUCCAUAUUGCCCUCACUACAUGUCCAUUAUACCCGCA